CAGUACACAGGAGGCUAUUUUAGUUGGCCACUCACAGAAGCCAACAGGGGCCAUUAAAUUUGACUUGAGUCUUCUUCUUGUCAUUUAAAGACAGUCGCUGCUCACCUCAACAGGUUUUCUGCAGAGAUUGAAAAAAAGACAAAAACCAACCAUGUCUGAGGCACCGAGAAAAUCCAAGAUCUCUGCAUCUCGCAGACUGGCGCUCAAGACCAAGCUGCUGAAAAUGGCCACUGUGAUGCUUGAGAAGGAGAAGGAGGAGAAGAAGCAGGAGAGAGACGCUGCUCUGAGUGAGAGGAUCCCUCCUCUUCAGCUGUCUGGUUUGUCCAUGCAGGACCUUCAGGCUCUCUGCAAAGACCUGCACCAUAAGAUUGAUGUGGUAGAUGAAGAGCGCUAUGACAUUGAAGCUAAAGUGUCCAAAAAUAACAAGGAGAUUGAAAAUCUGUCUCAGAAGAUCUUUGAGCUGAAGGGUAAAAUGAAGCGACCUGCUCUCAAGAGGGUGAAAAUCUCUGCUGACGCCAUGCUGGGAGCUCUGCUGGGUGCUAAGGUCAAAGAGUCCGUGGACUUCAAGGCCAACCUGAAGACUGUGAAGAAAGAGGAGGAGAAGAAAGAGGAGGUGACUGACUGGCGUAAGAACGUGGAGGCCAUGUCUGGCAUGGAGGGCAGGAAGAAGCUGUUUGAUGCUGGACAGUAGACUUUAUAUUCAUAGACAUUUUAAAUACUGCUGUUUUACAGUGGGCAAGAAUAGCGAGGAACAAUAAGCUAAUGUCACUGUUUGCAAUAGUAAGUUGACAGUAUAUGUGUGAGUGUGAGUGUGUAUAGACUUUUGCAAUAUGCAAAAAUAUUCUGAUUCAAAUGAAGGGAAUUGUGUAUAUUUUGCAUAUAGAUGUGUUGCACUCUGUCAUUGUUUUGGGGUGUUGGCACUUUAAAAACUUAGCAUUUUUAAUUGUCUGCACUUUCAUAACAGAUAAGCAUACAGUGAAAAUUGCUGAAUGAUCUUGAAAUGCCUGGAAAAGACCAGUUGUUAUU